AUGUGGUCAUCACAAAGUAAUACAGACUAUAAUGCCAACGAGCGUUCAGCUCAUUCUAUUUCACAACCAAUUAAUAUGCCGAAUCGAUCAUCGGAUAUAACAUCAGGCUAUACUGAUCCACAUAGUGCUGUUUUUUCACCAAAAUCAACGGAUCCAGCAAAUCUCGGUGUUAAUAUGUGUAUUAAUAUACUAGAAGGUGAUAAUUCUCCACGUGUAAAAGAUAAUACAAUUAAAGAUGUUUCACAACGUUUACAAAACAUGAAAAUUUAUACUGACAGUGAUAAUGAUAAAAAAUCAAAUGAUUAUCAUGUUGACGAUCGUAAAUCUGACGAAACAGUUGGUGAUAAUGUAUUAAAAAGUUCGGUUCAUAAGCCAUCACCACGUUCAUCACCUGGCCAUAUAAAUACAAAUUUAACCAAUGGCACUACCAUUGAAAAUCUUUCAUCAACAAAUACAAUGGGUUCAAAUGAUGAUAAUCACGAUGGCGGCUUACAAUCAACCCAUCAAAUGAUCAAUGGUCUACAAACAUCAUCUUUACCAAUACCAUUUCAACAAAUGCAGGCAGACAAUCAUCAACAGCAAAUGUUACUUUAUCAACAGCAACAACAAGAAGCCUAUCAAGCACAAUAUCCAAGAAUGCAACAACAACAACAACAACAACAACAACAAACAGCUCACUAUGAAAUUGAUCCACGUACAAAUAAUUUUCAACCAUUUGAUUAUACAUUAAUUCAACCUCAUUCAUUUGAAAGUCAAUCUAUCAUAUCAGCUUUCAAUCCUCAAGCAUCAGGCACAUCACAACAAGAUGCUCAAUUGGCUGGCUUAACUCAAACACCAUUGAUGUCAUGGCUCUCAUCUGCCGUAGCUGCACAACAGUCAUCAGCCAAUCAACAAGCAUCAUAUUUACCAUCAUCAAAUCAAUAUAUUAUCAAUAGUAAUCAAGAUAACUAUCUACAAUCGUUGGCUAAUUUUCAUCAAUCAUCAGCCACGCAUCCAUCAUUUCAACCUCAAUAUUGGUCAGCAGUACCAACUGCUGUUAUGUUCCCAGCACCACCACCGCAAACUAUCUUAACACAACAGCAACAAUUAAAUAAUGAACAACAAUCUCCACAAUCGAAAGCUAAUAAUAACAAUAAUACUAAUCGACCAAUGACGCCGCCAAAUUCAACCGAUCUAUUAAAUGCAUCUCAAUCAAAUCAACAACAAACACAAUAUAUCAACAUGUCACGUGCUGCACAAACACCAGUUAACUUUCCGUUUUAUGCGGCUGCAUCGCCAACAUUUCUGGAUCCUAACUUGAUGAUGCAAACAUCAAGACAGCCAGCUGGCUCACCAGGACUUCGUAUGUAUCCACAACAAGUACCAAUACCAAUUAAUACAAAUAAUCAAGGUGGACUUUAUGGUAGUCCAGUUGCAAGUUCACUUUCAAGUUCAUUCAAUGAUGUUUAUACAGUUCCAACACAACGGCGUGAUGGUCAAAUGGCUGAUUUCUCUCGAUAUCCUGGCGAUCCUCGUUUAUCUAAACAAGGUCAACAACAGCAGCAACAACAACAACAACAACAAGCGCCUUUAUUUCAUGGUCAAAUCAGUGGUUUACCACCAUCGCCUGCCUAUAAUGGUUUAAUUCCUUCUAUGACACCUCCACCAACAUCAAAUGCAGCUACAUUUGAUGGACUUUUUAAUACCCGAUUUUUUCCACCACAAGGACAACAAACAACUGGAUCACAACAACCAAUGCUUAAUGGUAAUGAUAUGUAUGUUGGCCGUCGUAGUGUUGGUAGUAUCAGUGGCGCCAUGCCAAGUUUCUAUCCUCCAAAUGUAUUUGGUAAUAAUGGAAAUAAUACUAAUACUAAUAAUUUGAAUAGUAAUGGUAAUGGUGCUGGUCGGGAUUCGAAUAUGAUUCGUAGCAAACUAUUAGAUGAUUUUCGUAAUAGUCGUAUGCCAAAUUUACAAUUACGUGAUGUUAUUGGUCAUUUUGCUGAAUUUUCAAUGGACCAACACGGUUCAAGAUUUAUUCAACAAAAACUUGAACGUGCAACCAAUGCUGAAAAGGAUUUAGUUUUUAAAGAAAUUCUUCCUAAUGCAGCACAGCUUAUGACUGAUGUUUUUGGAAAUUAUGUUAUUCAAAAAUUUUUUGAAUUCGGCACAACAGAACAUAAAGGUUAUUUAGCUCAACGUAUACGCGGUAAUGUAUUAACACUUGCAUUGCAAAUGUACGGUUGUCGUGUUAUACAAAAAGCUGUUGAGACAUUACCAGUCGAAUAUCAAGUGCCAAUAUCACGUGAAUUAGAAGGUAAUAUUAUUAAAUGUAUUGAAGAUCAAAAUGGAAAUCAUGUUAUACAAAAAUGUAUUGAAUGUUGCUCAACUGAAGGCAUUGAAUUUAUUAUACGUGAUGUAACAAGACAAGUAUAUACAUUAUCAACACAUCCAUAUGGUUGUCGUGUUAUACAACGUAUACUUGAAAACUGUAAAGAAAUACAAUCACGACCAAUACUUGAUAUAUUACAUAAUGAAUUAGAAAAUCUUGUACAAGACCAAUAUGGUAAUUAUGUUAUUCAACAUGUAUUAGAGCAUGGAAAAGUUGAAGAUCGCACUAGAAUCAUUACUGCAAUUAGUGGUCGUGUACUUCAAUUAUCACAGCAUAAAUUUGCAAGUAAUGUUGUGGAAAAAUGUGUAACCUAUGCAACUAGAGAUGAAAAAAGACAACUUAUUGAUGAAGUAGUUUCAUUUGGGGAUGGACCGAAUUGUGCUUUGUUAAUAAUGAUGAAGGAUCAAUUUGCCAAUUAUGUUGUACAAAAAAUGAUUGAUGUCGCUGACCCUGCUCAACGAAAAGUCCUAUUAACAAAAGUUCGUCCACAUAUACAAUCACUUCGUAAAUUUACCUAUGGAAAACAUAUAAUAACAAAACUUGAAAAAUAUUUAAGUAAAAGCUCGGAUUUGGGUCCUAUGUUAACGCCAUCAACGUCAAACUCAAAUGGCUUAUCACAUUAUGACAACUAA